CGGGACUUGUUGCCGGCGCCCGUAACUGCGGGGCCGGGCCGGGCCCCGGGACCGCCCGUGAGCAUCCAGAAUAGUGCUGUCGUCAGAGACGUGCAUUCCUCUUAGAGGCACAACAUCCUGAAUGUAGUGUCCCUGGAUCUGUGUGAUGAGGACCUAGAAUAUUUGCUUUUGAAGGAUUGAGUUUUUUUCGGGCAAUGGUUUCUUUGUCAAUUUAUCAGCCAGAAGUGUGUUCUGCAUGAAGCAGUACUUGGGAAUCAGCAAGUAAAUAAGAUCCAAGAAAGGAAAUGUUUGAAGUGGAAAGCCCCAAAAUAAACGAGCAAUUGCCUAUACUGAUAAAAAGAACUUUCUAUCAAUAGCCAAAUCUCGUACAUUCUUGUAUGGUACUACAUUAUCUGGUCAGGGAUAGACAAAAUGAACCCUUUCUAUUUUCUGGGGUUUGGACAUUCUCAUCUAGGCUUCUUUGGGAACAGGAGUGCACCUUUCAACAGAACAAAUGAGACUUACUGCUACAGCACUGCCCAGGGCAGCACAGUGCUCCAAGGAGUAACUUUUGGUGGAAUCCCAACUGUCCUGCUGCUUGACGUAACCUUCUUUUUUAUUUUAAUAUUACUGUUUUCCAUUAUAAGAAAGAGAUUCUGGGACUAUGGUCGUGUUGCACUGGUGUCAGAAGUUGAAAGUGAAUCAAGAUAUAACCGGUUGUCAACAUCAUCAUCAAUACCUGAAGAUCUUGAAUAUGAUAAGGGGUUUUGUUCUUGGAUUACUGCUGCUUUUCGGAUGCAUGAUGAUGAGAUUCACGAGAGGUGUGGUGAAGAUGCCAUCCAUUACCUUGCCUUCCAGCGUCACAUCAUCUGCUUGCUGAUUGCCAUCAGCAUUUUGUCUGUGUGUGUGAUAUUGCCUGUCAAUCUGUCAGGUGAUCUGCUUGAUAAAGAUCCCUAUAGUUUUGGAAGAACAACUAUAGUAAAUUUACAAACCAGCAAUAAUCUUCUUUGGCUGCACACAGUUUUUGCUGUUGUUUACCUGAUUCUGACUGUUGUCUUCAUGCGACAUCACAUGAAGUAUGUCACAUAUAAAGAAGAAAACAUAGUUAAGUGCACAUUGUUCAUAACUGGUCUUCCAAAAAAUGCAAGUGAAGAAAGAGUACAAAACCAUUUCACGGAUGCCUACCCAACUUGCACUGUGCUGGAGGUCCAGCUGUGUUAUGAUGUAGCCAAGCUUAUUAAACUUUUCAAAAAAAGAAAACAGGCAGAAAAAAGCCUGAUUUACUAUGAACACCUGCAUCAGAAGUAUGGCAAGAGGGUCCAAAUCAACCCUAAGCCAUGUGGUCAGUUCUGCUGCUGUGAAAUAAGAGGAUGUGAAAGGGAGGAUGCAGUAGAUUAUUACACCAAAGUUAGAAAUGAACUUGAGGAAGAAUAUUCAAAAGAGGAACAAGCUGUUCAUAAUAACCCAUUGGGAAUGGCCUUUGUAACAUUUCAAGAGAAAUCCAUGGCAACCUACAUCCUUAAGGACUUCAAUGCCUGCAAAUGUCAGAGCAUUAAGUGUAAAGGAGAGCCCCAGCCAUCACCCUACAGUAGGGAGCUGUGUGUAUCCAACUGGAAGGUUACAUAUGCUCCUUAUCCUGAGAAUAUUUGUUGGAAAAAUCUUUCAGUGCAUGGAUUGAAAUGGUGGUUUAGAUGGGCUUGCAUUAAUUUGCUUCUUUUUAUUGUGCUGUUUUUUCUUACUACUCCUUCCAUAAUCAUCUCAACCAUGGACAAGUUCAAUGUCACUAAACCUAUUCACUACCUUAAUAAUCCUGUCAUCAGUCAGUUUUUCCCAACGCUCUUGCUCUGGUCCUUUUCAGCUUUGCUACCAACAAUUGUCUAUUACUCAACUUUGCUGGAGUCCCACUGGACAAAAUCUGCAGAGAACAGAAUAAUGAUGCAUAAAGUCUACAUAUUUUUGAUCUUCAUGGUAUUGAUUCUGCCUUCCCUUGGUCUAACCAGCCUUGAUUUUUUUUUCCGCUGGCUGUUUGACAGAGAAUCAUCUGAUUCUGCAGUUAGGCUGGAAUGUGUCUUUCUGCCUGACCAGGGAGCCUUCUUUGUGAACUACGUGAUUGCCUCAGCUUUCGUGGGCAAUGGGAUGGAGCUGCUGCGCCUGCCGGGCCUCAUCCUGUACACCAUACGCAUGAUCAUGGCCAAGUCCACAGCAGAGAGGAAAAACAUCAAACAGCAACAGGCAUUUGAAUAUGAAUUUGGAGCAAUGUAUGCCUGGAUGCUGUGUGUGUUCACUGUCAUCAUGGCCUACAGCAUCACAUGUCCCAUCAUUGUCCCUUUUGGUUUGAUCUACAUCCUCCUGAAGCACAUGGUGGACCGUCACAACCUCUACUACGCCUAUCUCCCUGCCAAGCUGGAGAAGAAAAUGCACUUUGCAGCUGUCAAUCAGGCCCUGGCAGCUCCCAUCCUCUGCCUUUUCUGGCUCUAUUUUUACUCAUUUGUGAGGCUGGGUUUUAAAGCACCUACAACCAUGUUUACCUUGCUGGUUGUCAACAUCACUAUUGUUAUUUGCUUGGCUUACACUUGUUUUGGCUGUUUCAAGUACCUGAGCCCACUGAAUUAUAGGAUUGAAGACACACAAGGUGAAAGAGGAAAAGACACAGAUGUACCAACAGUCCCAACAUCUUCUAUGUACGUCCCCCAGGUUUUGCGUCCUCAUCCUACCGAAAGGACGGUGCUGGCCCCCAUGGAGCAGCAGUCGUAUGGCACCAUGGACAACGCUUGUUCCCAGGCAGAAGGAGUCAGAAGCUACACCACAGGACCUGCAGGUGUGGGGCAGGCCUCGGGAGCUUCGCUCUGACUUGUGUUGUGAGCACAAACACAAGGUGGAGCACUUGGCCCAGGUUUAGCAGAACUAAUUCCCUGCCUCCUCCUCCUAAGUAUUCGGUGUUAUUUAUGUAUUCCUGCCUGCAGAAAAGGUACAGAAAUAAUUCAUUGUGUGGUCUGCAGCUGUGCUGGGAGAUGAAAAAGCAGAUGCCUUGGGACUGAUUGUUUUCCAGGCUGUCUACACACGCUGUGAAACAAAUAAGUUGAAGGCAGAGAUGCUGAUCCUCAGGGACUUCACUUUUGCUAGCUCAUCACUUGCCUUAUGAAGAUAACUUAUGCUGCAUAUAGAUAAGUGGUCACCAAAGCCAGUGCAGCUAUUAGAGCUGUCAUUUAUUUAUUCAAAAUAAUUCUUCCCUUUUUAAAAAACCCCAACAUUUGUUAUUUAUAAACCUCUUGGGAUGUGUUAAAUCCUGAGACAAUGCCACUUUUGAUGAAAACGCUGUUUGUGUGGGUGCUGAGAAUGGUGUGUGGGAGUCUCUCCUCUUUUCACCCAAAGUAGUCAGCAUAGUUUUGAUCAUGUUACUUUUUUUCCUUGAAAGAGAUGAGGGAAUUACUGUGCACUUGGGUACUAAAAGUACCAAAGCAAAAAGACUGGUGUAAAGAAGGGAGUGACUUAUCUUAUACUGUUUUUAUAUAUUUUUGGAGGGCAUUUAGGUUGUUAGUUUCUGUUCACUAUUUUUAAGGGCCUUCCACAAUGAAAGCUCACCUGCCAACAAUAAAGGAUGUAAACAUUUUAUCUCUUUUAGUCUUGGGUAAGAUGACAUCUCUGGGUUUUCUCUGUAGUGCCAAUUAUAUGAGUUGUAAGAUACUAAGUUUUUAAAUUACGUAGUCGGUGCUAAUCUAUUCCGCAGUGCAAUGUGUCAAAGUGUAACUAAUAAUCAUGGAGCAAUAAAACACUGAGUUUAGAAAAA